CGAAAAGCAUCGGGGUCGGGAAACAGAGAAAUCAACUUCCGUAAAUUUUUUUUGGAAAAUUCACUUUUUCAGGGUUUUUUUUUCUCUAGAUUAAAACAACGCAUGUGCUGUAUGUGAAAAUAUAGAAAACGAAAUGGCGGACGAAAGCAGACGAUCGACUGCAGCACAGUUCUUCAUGGACGAGGAAGACAAACACAAUGAGUCGAUAUCGACUUAUGAUAAGGUUGUUGAACUCAUUAAUCAGGCUUCUUUGAUGUCAAAGGAAGCCCAAAAGAUAAACAUUCUCAGACAGGUUCAAGAAUUAAUCAUUCACAAGGAUCCGACUUUGCUUGAUAAUUUCUUAGAUGAAAUGCUUGCUUUUCAAAGUGACCGGUCAGUUGAUGUGAAGAAAUAUGUGAUAACCUUCAUGGAAGAGGCUUGUAAGAAAGAUCCUGAGCUGUUAAACAAGAUACUGCCCUGUCUGCAAAUUCUUCUGCAAGAUGAUAAUGUCAAUGUCCAAAAGAAAGUCAUAUUGUCUUUACCUCAAGUUUAUAAAGUCAUAGUAAAAUGGCUAGCUAAGGCCAAAAAUGUAACAGAAGAAAAAUCUUUUGUGUGGGAGACUAUGAAAUCCCUGAAAAACAGAAUGUUUGAGCUUAUUGACUCAGAGAAUGAUGGAAUAAGAACUCAUGUCGUGAAGUUUAUGGAAGGGGUUAUUUUGACUCUGUCUCGUAAAACUCCGGAUUCAGAGAUACCAAAAUCUUCCAAGCCUGAUGCUGAGGUCACUUUGGAUCUUGUUCCAGAGGACAACAAGUAUCUAAAAGUCAAACGUUUGGAGGAGCAAGGCAAACAGAUGUUUGAAACACUUCUGCAAUUCCAAGCCUCACCUCACAUUUCCAGUAUAAACCUGAUGACAGUCAUGGGAAGUCUGACCACCAUAGCCAGACAGAGGCCGUACUUCUUCGGGAAGGUGGUGCAGUCUUUUGAGACUUUGCAGGUAAAUCUUCCGCCCACACUGGCGAAGUCUCAGGUGAGCAGUGUGCGUAAGAACAUGAAGAUGCACAUGUUGUCCCUGCUGAAACACAAGGCCUCAGUGGACUACAUCACACAGAUAACCACACUCCUGACAGACCUGGGGGCCACCAACUCGGAGGUGAUGAAGAAUAUGCCAAAGAUUGACGAGAGCAGGAAGAGGAAGCUGGAGGACUCGGGCGGUACAACAAAGAAAGCCAAAAUAGAGAGUGAGAUUGAAUUGGAUGAUGACGAUGCUGGCAUGACUCCUUUUGUGGAUCGCUCUAAAGUAAAAGCACCUGCAACCCUCAAACAGCGACAGACUGCGGUAGACAUCACCGCUGAGGACAUCAUCCCCCGCCUGACUCCACAGAAUGUGGCAGAUCUUGUCCUGAUUAGCAUGGUGAUGUUGCCAGACCAGCUUCCUCCCCAUUUCCAGGCAACCUACACCCCCAUCGCUGCUGCCGGGACAGAGGGACAGAUAAAACACAUGGGGCGCCUACUGGCCAAUCAGCUCACUGCUGCUGGAAUGGGCAAGGGCAUCGCUGAAGUCCAGCUUGAGGAGGUGUCUGAGGAGGAUGGAGGGGCGUCCCCUGAGUACCAGCCCACCUCUCCUAAACAGGUUAUACAGACAGUUGUAGGUGGCCUUACAGAAGCACUUGGGCCGUCAUCUUCAAAGGCAGCUAAUCUACCAGCAGCUCCACAAAUACGAUCUGUGAGACCUGGAAUCAAACAAUUCAAGCUGUCCACAGUGACCUCUGACCUGGACAGAGACAGGUUGGAUGAAAUGACCAUCGCCUCAGUCAAACGAAUCCUACAGGCAGAGAAAAGUGCAUCAUUAGGGAAUGCUUUGUCAGCCCGAACCAAACUCCUGACUAGCCUUGUGUCGCAGUUUGGUGGAGAAUUAAAAAACUUGCUACAAGAAUAUAUAUUUGAGGACCUGCGUAAUCGUUCUGACCUUGCCUUUGCCUGGCUGUACCAGGAGUAUGCCAACUGUCAGGGAUUCUGCGCGUCUAAUCUUCGCAAUGAGCGGACCUCACUGGCCAGCUAUGAUGAAUGCCUGACAAGGCUGUUAUCAGGCCUCCUUGAGCGAACUGAACAGACCACGAAGGAGGGAUUGUUCCAUCGUCUUAUUUUGGAAGCUCCUGCCAUCACUGAUAAUGCCAUUCAAAUUCUCAAGAAAUAUUGCAUGGACCAGGAUCGGGUGGUGAGUGGGAUCAACACGCUGCGUCAGCUGAUCCUGACACGCCCCGCCCACAGACUGAGGUUCCUAGAGGUCCUCCUUAUGUCAUGUCACCAUGACAUGCCUGAGGUCAGGGCCACUGCCAUCCACUGCAGUAAACAGCUGUAUGAGAAGGGGCAUAUCAGGCCCUACAUAGAGCAAUAUGCCAUAAAAAUGUUGAAGAAUCUCUUGCUAACAAAACCACCCACAGAAAUGCUUGGGAAAAGUAAAAAUGACCCUGCCUUGCAGUCCUGGACUGAGGACACUAUCAAGAUGUGUCUGUACCUGUAUCUCGGCCUCCUGCCCAACAAUCACAAGCUGAUUCACCAAUUGGCAAUGGUGUACACCUCAGCUGGAGCUGACAUCAAAAGAAUCAUUCUUCGAGCUCUAGAGAACCCAGUUAAAGGAAUGGGAAUGAAAUCACCCGAGCUGUUGACUCUUGUGGAGAGUUGUCCCAAGGGAGCAGAGACCCUCGUGACCAGGGUCAUUCAUAUCCUGACUGAUAAAGCCUCUCCAUCGCCUGAGUUGGUGGAACGAGUCCGAGACCUUUAUCACAAGCGAGUACCCGAUGUCCGAUUCCUGAUACCUGUACUUACAGGGCUAUCAAAGGAUGAAGUAAUACAAGCUCUACCUAAACUCAUCAAGCUGAACCCCAUUGUUGUAAAAGAGGUGUUUAACCGUCUGCUAGGUGGCCAUAGUGACGCCAACUACACAUCUCCUCUCACUCCGGUCGAUCUGUUGAUAGCACUGCACAACAUUGACCCAACCAAGUGUGACAUGAAGACCAUUAUCAAAGCCACCAACCUGUGCUUCAGUGAGAAGAAUAUUUACACCCAGGAGGUGUUGGCUGUGGUGAUGAAGACUCUGAUGGAGCAGGACCCCCUACCCACACUGUUCAUGAGGACCGUCCUACAGUCCCUGUCAAUGUAUCCCAGGCUGAUGGGCUUCAUCCUCAACAUCCUACAGAGACUCAUAUCUAAAGAGGUUUGGAAGAACAAGAAGGUAUGGGAGGGAUUUAUCCGCUGUUGUCAGAAGAUGAAGCCUCAGUCCUUCACUGUUCUACUACAGCUCAGGGCUCCCCAGCUCAAGAGUGUAUUUGAGAGUUGUCCUGACCUCAGGGAGCCCCUUCUGACACAUGUCAACUCUUUUGCUCCUAACCAGAAAGCCCACCUACCAAAGACAGUGUUAGCUGUACUGGAGAAUCCCCCCGAGGUAGCCCCUGCUCCAGCCCAGCCGACUGAGGGAACUCCCUCAACCCCCACCAUUCUCCCUGCUACACCCACAGUCCUUACACCCCCACCAACACAGGUGACCGUGGUGAAGGUCGAGGAAUCAGCCCCUGCACCAAUGGAGACUCAGACCAUACAAACGGUCCAGUCUAUACAGACAAUAGGCUCAAACUUGGUUCAGAUAAAGCAAGAGCCGCGUGAUGUUGAUGAGACAGCAGCACAGGUAUCAGAAAACAGAGACAAACAGGCCAAGUCAUCCAGCGACAGAAAAGAGACCCCCUCCAGAAGAGGCUCAAAGAGGUCAACAGAGGAUAAACCUGACACUGAAAUGGAGGAGGUGGACUCCCCAGAGAAUGCCCUGGCCAUUGCUGAGGAGGCCAUGGAUACAUCUGUUAACAUUGACUCCCAGGGAGAUCAGUCUCAAGAUUCCACAGGAGAUAGUACUUCAAAAAAAUCAAGGAGCCGGUCAAAAUCAUCAGAAUCUAGGUCAUCAGAAACUAAAUCAACUGAAGGAGAGGUCAGGCCGAGAAGAAGCACAAGAUCACGGAAAUAAAUCCCAUUAUGUUAUCAGUGCUUGUUGAAAAGAGAUUUGUUCAGUUUGUAGGCUGAUUUCAAACUUUACAUAAUAUCGGUACAUGUUAAGUGUACCGGUACAUACAAAAAUGUUUAGUAAGACAAUAAAUAUUUUGACUAUA